GCAGUUGUUGCAAGUGAAGUGCGUGCCAGUAACGGCAGAAACAACAACAAAAACAACAAAGCAGAAUAAAUUAUUUGUUUAUUUUUUGAGGCGGGCGCGCAGGGCAUUGUGUCAAUGCAAAAUUGACGAUUAUAUAAAAGUGCGCGGCAUUCAAUUCUAAUUACAAACAAACGGCAAAUAAAGUGCAAUUUGACUGUGUGUGCAUGUCUGUGCAUGUUUGUGCGCGUUGGUGUGGGAAAUGGCAAAGUGUGUUUGGUUUUUUAGGCCAAGUGUUUGUUAGGCCGGAAAUAAAUAAAAGGCAGCGACAGCUCUGCCCACACGUAAAGAGCCAACAGCUAAAAGCCAACAGCAAGCGACAAGCGGCAAAAGGCUUUUUCUCGAUCGCACGUGCAAAAUGGCGGCCGGCCGGCAAAGUUACUAAAGCAACAACAAUGCCAAGCAGGAGCUUAAACCGAAACUCUCCAAUUACACACACACACAUACGUAUAGACGAUCGUGGCGCCAACUGGCGGCAGUUUUAUGCACUCGAUCACAUUCUUAAUAUGUUGCCUUCAAAACAAUUCAAACAACAAUAGUUAACGCAACGUUUCUAAAACAUUUCUCAAAUAAUUAAACUAAGCAAAAGUAAAUUAAARAAAAAAAAAAAAAAAUAAAUAAAAACAAAAAAAAACCCUUAAACUUUGUUAACCAAAAGUGGCCUGCAAAACGAAGCAACAACCCAGAAAUGUGAUUCCAAGUGCGAAAUGUAACAAAAAACGUAAACAAUUUUGUUUUGGAUAAACAAAAUAGUAAAGAAAGAAGUAAAUAAAAUUAAAAUAAUAAUUACGAAAAUCAAUAACAACAACAACAACAAAUGGAACUCGCGCGAGCAGCCAUUGUCAAUGAUUAAAACGGAGAGUUAGAUUGAUAGCUCACCACGUCGCCGUCGCCGGACUCGCCGUCGUCUUAGUUAGCAUUAGACGUAGCCACACACACACACACACACACACCUCAACACACACACACGCAUACACCCACACACCCUCUUCAAUGCAGCAGCAGCAACAGUCGCAUCAACAGUUUUUAGAACAUUAGCCGAAGCACACACAGAGUUCCAGAGCAGCCAGAGCUAGAGAGCGAGCAGCGUACACAUAGCCAGGGGAAAAGAGAUAGACAGCAGGACAGUGAGCGAGAGCGAUUUAGCCAACAUGGACAUCAAGAUUGAGCAGCAACAGCAGCAGCAGCAGCAGCAACAACAACAACAACAGCAGCAGCAGCAGCAGCAAACGGAGCUGGGGCCCGUUUCGCCUUCGGAGGUGCCAAAUGAUCCUGGAAAAAUGUUCAUUGGCGGCCUCAGCUGGCAGACCAGUCCAGAGAGCUUACGCGAUUAUUUUGGACGCUACGGCGAUAUCUCUGAGGCAAUGGUCAUGAAGGAUCCCACGACACGCAGAUCCAGGGGCUUUGGCUUUGUCACAUUCAGCGAUCCAAAUAGCGUAGAUAAGGUACUCACCCAAGGCACACACGAGCUGGAUGGCAAAAAGGUGGACCCGAAAGUAGCUUUUCCGCGACGUGCACAUCCCAAGAUGGUGACGAGAACGAAGAAAAUCUUUGUGGGCGGCCUCUCGGCGCCCACCACGCUAGAGGAUGUCAAAAGCUACUUUGAACAGUUUGGUCCGAUCGAGGACGCAAUGCUGAUGUUUGACAAGCAGACCAAUCGGCACAGAGGUUUUGGCUUCGUUACAUUUCAAAGCGAAGAUGUGGUAGACAAAGUUUGUGAAAUUCAUUUCCAUGAGAUAAACAACAAAAUGGUCGAGUGCAAGAAGGCGCAGCCCAAGGAGGUAAUGCUGCCGGCAAAUCUGGCCAAGACACGGGCGGCCGGUCGUUCCGCUUACGAUAACAUCAUGUGGGGUCUGGGGACAUUGCCCGAAGGCUUUCCCGCAGCUGCGUAUGCUGCUUAUGCCGCUGGUCGCGGCUAUUCGGGUUAUCCCAGCUUCGGACUACCCUAUCCAACUGUGAUGAACAACUAUCAGGCGGCUGCUGCUGCCGCCCACAGCUUCGGUCCGUCGGCCUCGCCUCAUGCAGCGGCCGCCACCACGGCCACACGGCAGGGCUUUCCCUCUACCAACUCGCCCGGACCAACCAUUGACAUGUACAGCUCGGCCGGGGCCGACAAUGUGGGCUACGUACAGGCCACCAGUCCGCAGCCAUCCGGCUUUCCCAUAGCCGUCAGCCGUGCCCCAUUGAACUACAGCCCGAUUUAUUCGUUGAACUUUGCGAUGGCUAAUAUAUAAAAAGACUGAUAACCCAAAUAAAAAAGA